CACCCAGUUCCUGUCGGAGCUCUGACCUCGCCGUGCUGCCGAGCGGGGCCUCCAGAGCGAGAGGGAGGCGCUGCAAAGGUCCCUGCCAUCCCCUGAGAAAUGGCUGCUGAUGUCCACAAGAAAAAAGGCUGGGAAGUGCCCAAUGGAUCCUUGGUGCCAGCAGAUGGGCAGCACACAGAGAGGUCUGAGAGCCCUACCCCAGGACUGGCACAGGGAACAGAACCAGGGGCAGGUCAGGAGGGGACAAUGUUUGUUCAUGCCCGGUCCUACGAGGACCUGACAAGCCCUGAGGAUGCAGGUGUCACAUCCAGGAGCCCAGAGGAAGGGCAAGGGGACGAGGUUGACCAGACCAAUAUGGAGCAAAUCAGCAAGGACUUCAGUGAGCUCAGCACACAGCUGACAGGUAUGGCCUUGGACCUGGAGGAAGAGAUGAGGCAGAGCAAGGAGGACAAGCUGGACCUCUCACCCCAGACAUGCCGACGGGACUCUGUGCUAUCGGGAAAGGAAGAGGAGGAUGUGACUAUGGAUGCCUGGCGCAUGCAUCAGAAACAUGUGUUUGUGCUGAGUGAAGCAGGCAAACCAGUAUACUCUCGCUAUGGGUCAGAAGAAGCGCUGUCCAGCACUAUGGGGGUGAUGAUGGCUCUGGUGUCCUUCCUGGAGGCAGAGAAGAAUGCCAUCAGAUCUAUCCAUGCAGAUGGCUACAAGGUGGUCUUUGUGCGCAGGAGCCCUCUGGUGCUGGUGGCCGUGGCUCGGACCCAGCAAUCAGAACAGGAGAUUGCCCAUGAGCUCCUCUAUAUCUACUACCAGAUCCUCAGCCUCCUGACCUGGACACAGCUCAACCACAUCUUCCAGCAAAAGCAGAACUACGAUCUGCGCAGGCUACUGGCAGGCUCUGAGCGCAUCACUGACAACCUGCUGGACCUCAUGGCACGGGACCCUAGUUUCCUGAUGGGUGCUGUGCGCUGCCUACCAAUGGCAGCCGGGGUGCGGGAUGCUGUGAGUGCCAGCCUCCAGCAGGCCCGAGCCAAAAGUUUGGUGUUCUCUAUCCUUCUGUCCAGGAACCAACUGGUGUCUCUGGUAAGAAAAAAGGACCAGUUCCUGCACCCCAUUGACCUCCAUUUGCUCUUUAACCUUAUCAGUUCCUCCUCCUCCUUCCGGGAGGGUGAAGCCUGGACUCCCAUCUGCCUACCUAAGUUCAAUUCCAGUGGCUUCUUCCACGCCCACAUUUCCUAUCUGGAGCAAGAGACAGAUCUGUGCCUACUCCUUGUCUCCACUGACCGUGAGGACUUCUUCACUGUAUCCGACUGCAAGCGCAGAUUUCAGGAGCGUCUAAGGAAACGUGGCGUGUACCAUGUCCUACAGGAGGCACUGCGCACACCUUUCUACAGCAUCUCCCAAGUGGGGAUCCCAGACCUCAGACAUUUCAUCUACAAAUCCAAGAGCUCAGGGCUCUUUACCAGCCCUGAGAUUGAGGGUCCCUAUGUCAGUGAAGAGGAGAAAGAGAGACUGCUGGGGCUGUAUCAAUACCUACACAGUCGGGCCCACAACUCUUCACAUCCCCUGAAGAAUAUAUACUUCACUGGACCCAAUGAGAACCUCCUGGCUUGGGUGACCAGUGCCUUUGAGCUCUAUGUAUGCUACAGCCCUCUGGAGACCAAGGCAGGUGCUAUCAGCACUGUCAACAAGCUCAUGAAGUGGAUCCGUAAGGAAGAGGAUCGGCUUUUCAUCCUGACACCACAGACCUACUGAUGGGUGCUGGGGAGUCAUCACUGGCCUAGAGAAGCUCCAACAGCACUGUGUAAUCUGUCCCAAAAGAUGGGCUCUUCUCAGAGCAGACCUGGGCCUCUUGUGAGCAUGGUGGAAAGGAAGGUGGGGAUGCAGGAGCAGAGCCCUCUGGGAAUGUGCAAGAAGCAUAUUCCUUAUGUAUCCAG